GGUCCAGACGGCUCUUUUGAAGAGACCUUUUUUGAGGCCCCUCAAUGAUGCAAUUGCCUGUUCUACUUUGUACUGGUCAACUUGUAAAUCUGCUGUGUCUGUUUCUCUGUCUCCCACACAGAAAGAACUGUUUCAAGUUCCCGGCUCCUAUCCCCAUGUCUCACUGUCUAAAGGACGCCUUGACCAAUGGAGGGAUUUGGGACCAUUUGUGGCUCAGUGAGAAUCUCUCACUGACUGGGAGGAGACAAUCGAUCCGCUCGUUCUGCGCUCCGCCUCUACAGGGUUUCACAGAACUCACUGUGUACACUGUUGCGUAUUUCUCCGCAAAACUCGACCCUGUCGCUGCAGGACUGCCACAAUGUUUGCGCGCUGUGGCAGCGGCUGAAAAGGCGCUCACUGCCUCACGUGACAUAGUGGGUUACGCACCACUCACUCUGCUCGUUCCGCACGCGGUUUCUUUGAUUCUCCUCGAACAGAAAUCAUCUCACCUCUCUGCGGCUCGCUAUUUGCGUUACCACACGUGUCUCCUGGACAUGCCGAAUGUCACUAUAAACGUUUUACUAACCUUAACCCUGCAUCAUUACUUCCUAUUCCUGGGGAUGGGGAGGACCACAACUGUUUGGCUCCAAGCUCAGUGGACUCCUCGCCCUGACCUAGUGGACACUCCACUAACUAACAGCGACAUGGUAAUGUAUGUGGAUGGAUCCGCCUCCCGCGAUCCUCAGUCUGGUGAAAAUCGUGUUGGUUUUGCUGUUGUUUCUGACUCUGGUGUGCUGUGUUCAGGUCCUCUGCCAUGUCACCUCUCAGCCCAGGCAGCCGAGCUCAUCGCUCUGACCGAGGCCUGUAAACUGGCUAAGGGUAAAACAGUCACAGUUCACACUGACUCUCGCUAUGCGUUUGGUGUAGUACAUGAUUUUGUGGUGCUGUGGAAACACAGGAACUUCCUUAAAUCGGACGGUAAGCCCAUCCUACAUCACACUCUCAUUGCUGAACUGUUGGAAUCCAUCUUGCUACCCACAGCUAUUGCUGUCUGUAAAUGUGCUGCCCACACGUCCAAUACGGAUGAUGUAUAUAUGAUGCUCGAGCAGACUCGGCUGCAAAAGCUGCUGCUCUGCUUCCGCUUCCCACUACCUGUGCUCUCAUGUGCUCUGAGGAGUCAGUUCCCUCCUCUCUUACAGCGAUGCAGUCACGCUCUACCCCUGAUGAAAGACGGCUUUGGUCCACAUCUGGCUGUGUUUACACCAACGGUAUCUGGACUGGACCCGACGGCGGGCCCGUGGGCGUGUCCAGCCAGGCUGCACACCCACCACCAACCCGGCCGUUUGAGCACAUUAUGAUGGAUUUUGUGGAGUUGUCUUCAUCUGAAGGUAAGAAACACUGUCCAGUGAUGGUGGACAUGUUUUCCAAGUGGGUUGAAGUUUUUCCAUCAAGCAAACAAACCACUACAACAGUAGCCAAGGCCCUAAUUUCUGAAAUCAUUCCUCGAUGGGGCAUUCCUUCUAAAAUAUCAAGUGACAAUGGUUCUCAUUUUGUCAACCAGGCCAUUACAGAAUUAGGCGCAUACCUGGGUAUUGAUUUAAAAACACACUGUGCAUACCAUCCAGCCAGUGGAGGGGCUGUGGAACGAGAAAAUGGCACACUCAAAACCAAAUUGGCAAAAUGCUGUGCAGACACAGGUCUGCCCUGGACAAAAGCCCUGCCUCUAGUGUUGAUCUACAUGCGCAUGAGAAAACGAACACGAAGCUACCUGAGUCCCUUUGAGAUAUUGUUUGGUUUUCCUCCUCACGUAGGAAUCGAGGCACCGACGGCACCACUCCCUUCAACCGCAUUAUGCGAACAUGAAAUGUUAAAAUAUUGUGCACAACUCUCUUCUGCUCUGUCCAACAUACGACAACAGAUUGCAGCCGCCCUCCCAAAACCAGCUGAAGGACCACUCCACAAGCUGAAACCUGGUGACUUUGUGGUGGUGAAAGAUUUCAGGAGAAAAAAACUGAAAAGCACGACGCUGGCAGGGACCAUUCCAGAUCCUCCUUGUCACCCAAACAGCUGUCAAAGUAGCUGAGAGGGGAACAAGAGGGUCCACGCGUCCCAUUGCAAGAAGGUUCCAGUACCAUGAGUGGGCUCAGGCGACCCUACCUUCACAACAGUGUCAAUCAACUGACACCACCGAUCCAGUGAC